AUGGCAGCAGAAUUUCUUUUCUUAAACCCAAAGACAGCAAGCCUUCCAUCCUCUUUGGAGCUUAGCCUGCUGAAGGAAGCUGUGCCAUUGAAUAUGAGAUGUUGUUCUACUGCUUUUCAGAUGAAAUGGACCAGUAUGUUUAGGAAGUUUUUCUCUCGUGUUCGAACUGCCUUGGAGAGACAAUACAAGCAGGGAAACUGGUAUCCUUAUGGGUCAGAAGCUAACGUUGGAGUUGCAUCCAGAAAUGGAACCAGAGAAAUAGUAGUAGAAAUGGCAGAUGAUCUGUUUAAUCUAAUGAAGUGGUUGAGUUACUUUUUUUUCUUCUCUUGCUACCCUUCUGCUCCUUAUGAGAGGAAGAUAAUGGCCAUGGAGCUUAUAUUGGUAAUGUUGAAUGUCUGGUCUGUCAUGCCACCAUCAAAAGAAAAUCAUUGUGCUCUUUCUUCUGAAACAAGUCUGUAUCCUUACAGUAAGGGCUUUAUUUUAGCUGAUUCAGCCUUGCUACUGGUUGGAUCGAUUAUUGAUAGCUGGGAUCGUUUGAGAGAGAAUUCGUUUCGUAUUCUACUGCAUUUUCCUACCCCGCUUCCUGGCAUUUGUAGUCCAGAUGAGAUCCGAGUAGCAAUUAUAUGGGCAAAGAAGCUAGUCUGCAGUCCACGUGUGAGAGAAUGUGAUGCUGGAGCUCUGACUUUACGUCUUAUAUUUAGAAAGUAUGUCUUGGAGCUUAAUUGGAGUGUUCAAUUGUCACUUGAUUUUGUCUCUUGUCAUGGCCAGGUAGAGCUGCCAGAUCGCAGGCUUGAAAUUCUUACACAUCGCUCGCCUGCAGUAGAAUAUGUGAGGUCGCUGGUUGAUUGGUUGCUCAUUACUGUGGAAGAUGGUGAGAAGGAUCUUUCAGAAGCAUGCAAGAAAAGCUUUGUUCAUGGUGUCCUGCUUACUCUUCGAUAUACAUUUGAGGAACUGGAUUGGAAUUCCACAGCCGUUUUGUGCUGUAUUGCUGAGAUGAAACUUGUAUUGGAGAAGCUAUUGGAAUUAAUUAUGCGAAUAACCUCUCUCGCCCUAUGGGUAGUCUCAGCAGAUGCAUGGCAUUUGCCAGAAGACAUGGAGGACAUGGUGGAUGAUGAUCGUUUUGACAAGGAAGUUAUGUCUAAGGUUGCAGUGGAAAAUGUGAUGGAGAAUGAGAAGCUUGUGCAAGAUGCCAGGUCAUCAGAACAGAUUGUUAUGGUUGGUUGCUGGCUUGCUAUGAAAGAGGUAAGUCUUCUUUUGGGAACUAUAAUACGGAAAAUUCCUUUGCCUACUGUGGAUGCAUCAAAGUCUAAUGCUUUUGAUGGCAAUGGUGAUUAUGUAUCAGUGUCUGAUGGGGUGCUUGAUAUGAAGCAACUUGAGACAAUUGGAAGCCACUUUUUGGAAGUCCUUCUGAAAAUGAAGCAUAAUGGUGCAAUUGAUAAAACAAGGGCUGGAUUCACUGCUCUUUGCAAUCGUUUACUUUGUUCGAACAAUCCGAGACUUUGCAAAUUAACAGAAUCCUGGAUGGAACAACUUAUGGAAAGAACAGUGACAAAGGGACAAACUGUAGAUGACCUACUGCGGAGAAGUGCUGGUAUUCCAGCUGCAUUUACUGCUAUCUUCCUUGCAGAGCCCGAGGGUUCCCCAAAGAGACUUCUGCCAAGGGCACUGCGAUGGCUGUUAGAUGUAGCCAACAAGUCUUUACUGGAACAGACUAAAGCAAGCAACUGCACUAAUGACUCAGCUGAUGCCCUUUUGACAAAUUCAAGUCAAGUUGGUCAAUUCGUUAUGCCCCUUGGGAUGGAUGCAAAAGAGAAAAUCUCAAAGAUCCGGGAUGAGGGUGUUGUCCCAACUGUCCAUGCAUUCAAUGUCCUUAGAGCCGCUUUUAAUGAUAGCAACCUGGCAACUGAUACAUCAGGCUUUUCAGCCGAGGCUUUGAUUUAUUCCAUACGCUCUUUCUCUUCGCCGUACUGGGAGGUGCGGAAUAGUGCCUGUCUUGCAUAUAGUGCUUUGAUUCGUCGCAUGAUUGGAUUCCUUAAUGUACAGAAACGAGAAUCAGAAAGGCGUGCUCUAACAGGGCUUGAAUUUUUUCACAGGUACCCUACACUGCACUCUUUCCUAUUUCAUGAACUUAAAAUUGCAACAGAGUCGCUUUUGGAUGGGUCUUCUGGACAACAAGGAUCUAAUUUGGCAAAACUUGUGCACCCAAGCUUGUGCCCAAUUCUGAUUCUGUUGUCACGGCUAAAACCUUCAGCAGUUACAAGUGAAGCUGGGGACAGUUUGGACCCUUUCAUAUUCUUGCCAUUCAUCAGGAAGUGCUCUGUCCAAAGCAAUUUCCGUAUCCGAAUUCUUGCUUCCAGAGCUCUAACGGGCCUGAUAUCGAAUGAGAAAUUGCCCAUUGUGCUGCUUAAUAUUGCCUCUGAGUUACCUUGCACAAGGAAUGUCUCUUCUGAUGCAUCCAACUCAAUUGACACACAAAAUGGUACUUGCCAUACUUUUAAUUCACUUCAUGGGAUGCUGCUGCAGUUGAACACGCUUCUCGAUAACAAUUGUAGAUGCCUUGCUGAUUCCUCCAAAAAAGAUGCAAUUCUGAAGGAUCUGAUUGAAAUUCUUGCAAUACGUUCAUGGAUUGGUAAGUUUCAACUCUGCCCUUGCCCUAUCCUGAAUAGCUGCUUUCUUGGGGUACUGGAUAACAUGCUCAGUAUUGCAACAACGUGUCAAAUGAGCAGAAGUAUUGCUGCUAUUUGGAACCUCGUAUGGGAGUUAUCUUCAGAAUUUUUGGAUUUAGAAGAACCUCAGAAAUUGUCAUAUCAUGAUCCAACUAUUGUAGAACUUCGCAAACAAGCAGCAGUGUCAUAUUUCAAUUGCUUAUACAAAACGUCUAAGGAAAUUGCUGAAGAGGAUAUUUUGAUGCCUGGAACAUGUUCCUCAACUGCUUCAAGUUUGUUAAGAGUAUCUGAUUUGGACAGUGCUCUCUCAAGAUUUCAGGAAAGGCUGAGAGGCUGCAUGUCUGACACAUCAUACGAAGUUCGUCUUGCAACUUUCAAGUGGCUAGUUUUAUUUCUGAAAUCAGCAGGAUUAAAAAUUGAAGGAGGCAAUUCAUCUUCUCAUGAGAUCAAGACAUAUUUGUUGUACAAUAUUGAUCUCCAGAAAAAACUAGUGGAGCUUCUAGCGACCGAGAAUAACCAUAAAUGCACAUAUUACAUUCUUAAAAUUAUCUACAUGUGGAACAUGUUGGAAUGUGAAGAAAAGGGUGAACUAGAUGUCAGCCUUGGAUCAAUUGGUGUGGAUCGCAGUUCAUUGUGGUGGUUUUGGGACAAGUUAGUGUCCAUGUACAAGGUCACUAGACAUUCAAAGAAUCGACAAGUGCUCAUCUGCUGCAUGGGGAUAUGUGUAAAGCAGUUUGCUAGCAUAUUCUCAAGCUUUGUUUGCUCUAACAUGAAGAAGGAAGAGAUAGCCAUAUCCAGCCGAUAUGAUCUUGAUGGGAGACUCUCCAAGUUUUACGAUUGCAUCAAUUAUUUUGUUGAACUAAUACAACUACACAGUUCUGCAUCAGAGCCUGUAAAUAUGCGGAACGCAGCUGCAGAAUCAAUAGUUGCAUCUGGUUUACUUGAUCAUGCAAAGAUAGUUGGUUCUUUAGCCUUCAGUAACAGCAUUCCAGGCGAAAAUCCUAGUUCAGAAUUCAAAGUAGAGGAGGUUGUGAACAUAUAUGGCCAUAAGAUUCUGAAUCUAUGGUUGACAUGCGUAAGACUUUUGGAGGAUGAAGAUGUGGAACUCAGAAGGAAGCUUGCCCUUGAUGUUCAGAAGAGUGUUACAUCCACAACGUGUCAAAAUGUUGAACUGGUUCCCAGCCAAGUGGAGAAGGUUAUUGAGAUGAGUUUUGACCAUCUCUCUUCAAUCUUUGGUCACUGGAUUGACUACUUUGAUAGUCUCUGCAAUUAUGUUUUUAAUGCUGUAAACUCUGUGGUCAGUGUUGUGCCAAGAGGAGACCUUGUGAGACGUGUUUUUGACAAGGAGAUUGAUAACCAUCAUGAAGAAAAGCUAUUGAUCUGUCAGAUUUGUUGCUCUCACUUGGAGAAGCUUCCAAUUUCUAAAUCUUGGGCAGCUAACUCCUCUGACAAUCACAGGGUAAGGGACCUUUUACGUGGUUGGAGGAGGAGAUUUUGCCACUACUUGACAUCAUUUGCCAAUGACUCUAUUGGCCGACGGGAAGUUGAUUGGAUUGGUGGCGCCGGUAACCAUAAGGAUGCAUUUUUACCCUUGUAUGGAAAUUUACUAGCCUUCUUUGCCCUGUCAAAUUGUAUCUUUGAGGGGGAGAAAGAGAGGAGCAAGUCCAUGCUAGAUGAAGUUUCUGUGCUUGGCAGGACUCUGCGUCCAUUUCUUAGAAACCCGAUGAUAUGCAACCUAUAUUUGUUAGUGAUUGAUUCACAUGAGAAAAUGGUCGGCGCAACUGCUAGUGAUAUGAACAAAAGCUUGAUAGGAAAUUCUUCCGACUGGGAAGGUUUCAAUCCUUAUUUUCUCCUUAGGUGUGAAGUAUAAUCUUUUGUAAUUCUAAUUCCAUGAUCUGUACGCAAAGGGAUCGCAGCCAUAUCUUUUGGGAGUUAGGAGCCUCCCAAAGUUGUAGAGACCUUUUGAGUUUGCUACAUAUCUAAUACAUGUAUAACUUGCUCUAUAAUUUCCGCGAAUAUCUCUUCAUUACACA